AUGUUAAUUUCCCAACUCACAACAAAGGUCAAGUUGGACUUGGUCUGCUGUACUGACAUCACUCCGUAUAACCUUGCUGGUGCUGAGUUCCCCGUCUCUGACCACAAGGUUUUGCUUUUUGAAGUUCACACCCCCAUAUUUAAAGUAAAAGAGCAGUGGACCAUCUCAUUCAGGAAGGUUAAACACAUCAACUCUACAGAUCUCAUCACUCUUGUCAAUUUCCACCCCAGCCCUCCAGCAUCCUCCUCCCCUGCUGAUUUGGUGAACCACUACAAUGACUGUCUCUCCACUUCCCUUGAUGCCUUGGCCCCCCCGAAAGAUAUCCUUUGCCCGUACUGCUCCUUGGUACACCAAGCUGUCACAGAAAUAGCAGCAGUCAGGGUGCAUGGAGCUCCCCCCACCCCCCAGCCAUCAGUCAGAUUCAGAAAGAUGGAGGCUGAGAUACGGAUCCACCGGGUGGGGGAAGGAAAGCCGACACAAGCAAAGAGAAGAUUGAAUAAGGAAAUAUGCCUUUGGUUCAAUUGCACCAAAACUGGAGGUUGGUAUGUUUUUUUUUUUCCUUUAUGCCUUUGUAGUUCUAGUCUAGUGGUUUAUGAUAUCAAGCACACGCAUUGUGACUAUUAUUACGAUGCCCGUUUCGGCCCAGGCACAAAACUGACUGUUCUUGACUCAAACCGUACUAUCACCCCACCAAAAGUGAAAGUGCUUCAACCUUCGCCAAACGAGUGUCAAACCAAUAAAGACAGGAAACACAAGAAGACCUUGGUGUGUGUGGCGUCCCAUUUCUACCCGGACCAUGUGAGUGUGUUCUGGCAGAUCGACGGAGUAAAUGUCACACGUGGCGUGGCGACCGACGAUGCUGCCCUGUGGGGAGGGGAACAUUACAGCAUCAGCAGCAGGCUGACGGUCCCGCACAGUGAUUGGUUCACACCAAGCAAGACGUUCACCUGCACCGUCAGCUUCUUCAACGGGAACUAUACUGUUCCCCGUUCCGAUUGGGUCCAAGGCGUUAAAGAACCAGCAGGACCGACAAGAGGGAAGUAUUUGAGUAUCACGCACACUGCCAAGCUGUUCUACGCCAUUUUGAUCGCCAAGAGCAGCGUCUUCGGAGUCUUUGUUGUGUUUCUGGUGUGGAGGCUUCAGGGCUCCUCUGGGAAACAGAAGGACUGAGAGCUGAGCUGCACAAACUGAUUCUCCUCAUUUCUGUGAAUAAAGAUUCUGAAAUCUGAA